GUGAUCAGGGGCAAGGCAGCCGUGUUCCGGGCGUCAGUGCCUCAAGGAUCAGGCAAAAUGCAUAACAUUAUGCAUGGCAUAAAACAUGCAACAUGCGCGUGGAUGAGGUAACCCGGAAUGGCCGAAUGCGGAAGGACCUGUCGGCCUCAGGCAAGAAGGGGCGACGGACCAAUCAGGAGGCCAGGCCGGGCCAUGGUCCCGUGGAAAGAAUUACAUAAUCCUUGCAGCAUUCGACUUCCGCCCGUGGCGCUUCCUCGAUCACUCCGUAUGUACGCUGCGAAUCCCCCGUCCUUCACCCUCUUCAUAAACCCCCCGUGGGACUCGAACUCAUUGUGCCCAGCGUUGUUUCCUCCCUUUCCUUCCUUUUCCAUUCAGAUCUUCCAACGUGGCGACUGGGCGGAGACGCUCCAGAUUCACGCCCAAAGCUCCAGAUCACCCAAACAAGCCACACCGCUUCCCGUCGGCUCUCUCGAUCAUACCACGAAUCGUGCAACACGUGCGGCUUCUAAAUGCAAAUCACCUAAUGGCCUGGCUAGCGUGGUCUGCUGGAAAGUUGCUCGGGCGCCCCUGAAGUAUUAUCCCAUUCGAAACAACUCAGAACUGCGUCCGUUGGCCGACCUAUCACCGGAUUUCCCUCCCGCGCCGGCUGCGGGUUUCUCGCUGGGGUAGUAAGGUACAGACAGCCACCUUUCUAUUUCUUUUCGUCUUUUUCUUCUUGAUUCUAUCGUCGCGCGCCUUGCCACUCCCCCCUGUGGCUCGCUUCGAUUUGCCCUACAUCCUCGAAAUCCGAUUUUCUUUCCGCCAUUGAAAAAACACUGCCUAUCGCCACACCCUGGUCACUGCUCUGUUGGUCUGGCCUCUUAUAUCUGAUCUUUUAUCGUAUUGACAUGGCAGUGGGAUCCCAGGCAAACA